ACUCACGGAGGUAAUCUCUCUCUCAACCAUUUCCUCGUGGGGAUUUACCCAAGUUUUCACGGAACAGUUACUUAGAAUGGCACAAGAAGCUGAUGGGAUCAGAUUGGAGCAAAGACAUGGGAAGGCUCGUGUGAGAGUUGGAAGAGUUUGGCGUCAUGAUCAUGAUGGAUCUCAUCACUUUGUUGAAUGGAAUGUUAGCAUCAGUCUUCUCUCUCACUGUCUCUCUUCUUACUAUCGUGAUGAUAACUCUGAUAUUGUCGCUACCGAUACCAUGAAAAACACUGUUUAUGUGAAAGCCAAGGAAUGUGGAGAUCGACUCUCGGUGGAAGAAUUUGCCAUACUUAUUGGGAAACACUUUUGCUCAUUUUAUCCACAGGUUUUUACUGCUAUCGUGAGUAUCAUUGAGAAACCCUGGGAGCGUGUAUCCAUCGAUGGAAAACCACAUUUACAUGGUUUCAAGCUUGGAUCCGAGAACCAUACUGCAGAGGCAAGAGUAGAAAAGUCUGGUGCACUAAACUUAACCUCUGGUAUUGGAGGACUAGCCCUACUAAAGACAACCCAGUCAGGAUUUGAGAGGUUUGUCAGAGACAAAUACACCGUUCUGCCUGAUACUGGCGAGAGAAUGCUGGCCACAGAGGUCGAUGCAUCUUGGAGGUACUCGUAUGAGUCAGUUGCAAGCAUCCCAACAAAAGGACUCUACUUCACCGAGAAGUUCAUGGACGUAAAGAAAGUUCUGAUGGAUACUUUCUUUGGUCCACCAGAAACUGGUGUGUAUAGCCCUCUGUGCAACGCACUCUCUAUCUCAUGGGAAGCGCCGUUCGCUGAUGUAUCAUCAAUUCACCUAAAAAUGCCAAAUAUUCACUUUCUACCUGUAAAUCUAUCAACCAAGGAAAACCCUUCAAUGGUGAAGUUUAAAGAUGAUGUGUACCUGCCAACCGAUGAACCUCAUGGAUCUAUAGAAGCAACCGUAAGCCGCAUAACCUCGAAACUAUGAGGUUCAUUAGACAAUACAUGGACAUACUAAACACUAUUUCACAGGUUCUACAACUUUUGGCUUUUGCCUCUUCUAUGAAAUAAAAGGGCACUCUUUAU